AUGUAUGAAGAUAUGUAUGAAUAUUGCCAUUUUUUUUACAAGUAUUUAGCAUUUUUACAUAUUGAUUUGGAUAAAUAUAAAAAGUUGAAUAAAAUAUGCGAACGUAAAACUAUUCAUAAAAUAACUGCAUUAAAAAAAUACUAUUUUCAAAAUAAGAAAAAACAACUUAAAUUAUUUAUUCAUACAUUGGAUAAAGAAGAAAGCAAAAAAUUAUUGUCCAAUGGUAAUUUUAAUGAAAAAAAAAAAAGAAAUACAAAAAAAACAAAAGCAUCUAAGAGUGAAUUGCAUAAUGAUGAUUCUAUAAAAAAUAUUUUAAAAAAAACAAAAAAAUUUUGUAACUAUUUGACUAGCAAAUUAGGUAGAUUAAAUAAAAAAUUAAGAGAAAUAAAAAAAUUAGAAACAAUUUUUUAUACGAAUUCCAAUAUCUUAACAGAAACUCAAAGGGUUAAAAUAAGCAAAAAGAAUCAAAUAAAAAAUGAAAUAGUCAUAAUUAGUAGAUAUAGAAAAAAGUAUAUGAAAUAUAAAAAGAACUUGAUGAAUAAUAAAGAUGAUUUAUCACCAUUUUUUUAUUCAAAAAAAAAAUCAAAAAAGAAAAGAGAAUUUUGUACACCUCAGGAAUUUAGAGAUAUUUUGAAAUCAAAUGAUCAUAAACCAACUGUACAAGGAAUAAAAAAAUUAAAUAUACAGGAAAUUCCAAAAAAUAUAACGGACUUUUUAGUAUUUAAUAAAUAUGGAACAAAAGAAGAAAUUAAAAUUUUAUUUGGUCUGAAUGCUAUAAAAGUAAAUGGAAAUACAGUUGAUGACGAAAAUUAUAUAUUAAAUCUAAAAGAAGAUACAGUAAAAGUGUUUGAUCAAGAUGUUAAUAUACACGAGGAUCAUUAUACUGUUAGGAAAAGAUUUACAAAAGAUCAAAAAAAAAUUUUAAAUGAAAAAAAAAAAGAGAAUAUAUUAGACGCUAAAAAAGAAGUUAGAGAAUUAGAAAAUUUUUUUAAAAUUAAGAAUAUGUAA